AUGGAAGCGAGUGUGUCGAUAGUCACGUUGGAGUCGGUGGCGCCGAAGCAGAGGGGAAGUUAUGGGUCUCGUGCGAGUGUGCGAGUGUCCCUAUGGAACUACCCGUCGUGGAUUGCGUAUCUGAUGGCGCUGUUUACGAUCUGUGCAGGAGUGUUCAGUUCGACUACCUCGACGUGGAUGAACAAGCAGAACGCGCCUUCCUGUAGCGGUUGCGAGCCGGAGCCGUUCGUGGGUGCUAUGUUACAAACGCAGCAGAUGUUCAUUGCCGAGUGCAUUGCGUUAAUUGUGUGGUUGAUCGAUAACUACUUUUCGGGUCGAGCAAAGAAAGCCCCGCUCUUCGAGUUCGUGACAGACAAGAUUGAGUUGACCGGACCCACGGGCCGGUGGUGGUUUUGGCCUUGCUGCGCGGUUUGCGACUUUGCUGCGACCCUCAUGAUCAACCACGCGUACCAGUACACGUUUGCGGCGACUGUGGAGAUGUUGCGGAAUUUCAUGGUGGUGAUGGCGGCGGUGUUCCAGGUGGUGCUGAUCCGAAAGUCCGUCACGGUGCACCAAUGGUUGGGAGUCCUGAGUAUCACUGUGGCGAUGAUCCUGACAGCAAUACCAGCUAUCAUAAGCCCCGACGACAGUUUGCACGAUGCUAGCGCAACUCGUACGGUCAUCGGAGUCGCGCUGGCCGUGGCCGGCACGACCGUGCAGGCGUUCCAACUCUUGGUCGAGGAGUGGCUCUUCCGAAAGGGAAGAUACCCCCCACUCAAGGCCGUGGGCUUGGAAGGCAUUACCGGAAUGAUCCUCACUUGCAUUGCCUGGCCAAUUUAUCAAAACACAGGAGCCGAAGACAUCACUGGCUCGUGGUACCAAUUGUUCCACAACAGGACACUUAUUGGAGUGACUCUGGGUUACCUGCCUUGUGGGACAAUAUUCAAUAUUUGUGGAUUAGGUACGACGAAGCUUGCUGGUGGCUUGCUACGAGGUGUGUGCUUCGCAGUUAGGGCUCCGUUGGUCUGGUUGGUAAGUAUGAUUGUUAAGUGGCAGUCAUACGAUAAUUAUUCACUCGCUUCGGCGAUUGUAUUCGCAUUGGGCUUUACAGUCUAUUGCAACUUCUAUGGACUCCUCGGAGACCAGGAGAAGUACCUCUGGCUAAGAAAGCCGGUUCCCUGCUUCUGCACCAAACCGGAGCUUGAUGAUCCGCCUUUCGGGCCCGAACGGCCUCUCUACGACGAAGAGUACGACCGAGACUACGAUCAAGGCGAUGAGGACGACGAUGAUGCUCAUCCUGAACAACAGAAUCUUGUUUAA